GGAGAAAAAGCAAUGAUGGAUCGUCAUUCAGUCAGCAGUCAUUGCCUUCUACUCACCACUGUAACUCCAGUUCUGGGCGCGUUCUGCAGGUUUAACAAUUUGCUGUUUAAUCAUCUCCUGCCAGAAUCCGCCCCAGCCUAUCACUGGCUUUCCAGCUUUCUUUCUCCAUGGAAAAUCCCAGAUACCAGUCAUGUAAGCAGCCACUCGGGCCUUCGUUCAGGAACGCUUCGACUAUACGGAGCCUAUUAUGUUUCGAUUCUAAGGAAUGUGGGCCCCGGGGAUCGAGCACUGGAGCACGUCUACUUUAGUACUACCACCGCCACCAGACCACAUACUACAUACAGACCAUCCGGCAUCUUUCUCACCUACCGCCUCAUCGGGUCCGAGCAAGUCGACCUACUGGAUGGAACAAUUUCCCUAACAUGUCCGGCCGUGGUUGGAAGGACCCGGCCAUUCAGUUCCGUUUUGGUCGUGAUUUGCGUCCUUAUGUUCAAGUGAGACCUUGGGUUUCUGAUCUGUCACGCGUCAGUUGGGACUCCAAUUCUGGAUAUGAGACGAUGGGGAAAUGCCCAUUCGUCAUGCAAGAAUGAACUGAAAACGCCUUGGACUCGACCAGUCCGAUUGAUUGGAGGGUUCAGGGUCGGUUGUACCACCAUGCCCGGGUUGCCACUGAAAUCAGAGGCAGCCAGUCGACUUCCUCCAUCACCGCUCUGUAUGUAUCUUCCGAACAUCGUGGCAUUUCCGAUGCUCAAACUCGUGAGAUCGUGUACACUCCUCUCUGCUACACGAGAUGAAAAUCCUUCAUCGACAUGAUGUGUUGUCUACACCUUCUGUCCAUUCCAAG